AUGCACCUGCUCAUCAGCUGCCUCGCGGCCGUAUUCUUCCUCCCCGUCGACGCCGCGCCGGGAACGUUCGUUUACGCAGGGUGCUCUCCGUCCAGGUACGCGCCCAACACGGCGUUCGAGAGCAACCUCAACUCCCUCCUGGCAUCCAUGGCAUCCACCGCGUCCUCCGGCGCCACCUACAGCAGCUUCACCUCCGGCGCCGGCCCGGAGGACGAGGCCGAGUCCGAGUCCGCCACGGCCGACGGCGCCAGCGCGGCAUCGGCCGCCUACGGCCUGUACCAGUGCCGCGGCGACCUGCGCCCGGGCGAGUGCGUGGCGUGCGUGCGCGACACGGUGGCGCGGCUCGGCGCGGUGUGCGCCGGCGCGACCGCGGCGUCGCUGCAGUCGGACGGGUGCUACGUGCGGUACGGCGCCGCCCGGCGCAACCUCGUCGGCCGCGCCGACGACACCUCCGCGGCGUACCACCGGUGCAGCGCCGGCACGAGCGGGGACGCCUGGUUCCUCAGGUCCCGCGACGCCGUGCUGUCGGACCUGCAGGGCGGCGUGGACGCCACCGCGGCGGCUUCGUCGGGCGGCGGGUACAAGGUGAGCGCCUCGGGCCCCGUGCAGGGCGUCGCGCAGUGCCUCGGCGGCGUCGGGGCGUCCGACUGCACCGCGUGCCUGGCGCAGGCGGUGGCGCAGGUCCACGGCACGUGCGGCGCGGCGCUCGCCGCCGACGUGUACCUGGUGCAGUGCUCCGUGAGGUAUUGGACCAACGCCAACUACGUCCGAUCGUCGCAAGGUACGUACGUGGUUGCAGAUGCAAUGACCACACCGUCACGUCCUAAUCAUCAUUAG